AUGGCCGCGCUUGUAAAUGGAUUUGUUGAUCCCGUCUCGCGUCAACUAAGUGUUGGACAAAAUAACUGUGAUAAUCAAGCUCCUACAAAGGAUCACGAUGCUAUAAAACUAUUCAUUGGCCAAAUACCUCGAAAUUUAGAAGAAAAAGAACUCAAACCUCUGUUCGAAAAUUUCGGAAAAAUAUACGAGCUAACGGUUCUUAAAGAUAAAUUCACAGGGAUGCACAAAGGAUGUGCUUUUUUAACAUACUGUGCGCGAGAUAGUGCCAUAAAAGCACAGAAUGCUCUUCAUGAACAAAAAACAUUACCAGGGAUGUCACGACCCAUUCAAGUGAAGCCAGCCGACAGUGAAAAUAAAGGUGCCUUUUUUCUUUCAGAAGACCGGAAACUGUUUGUUGGUAUGUUGAGCAAACAGCAAACAGAUGAAGAUGUUUUGAAACUAUUCCAACCUUUCGGACCUAUUGAAGAGUGCACAAUUUUAAGAGGACCCGAUGGUCAAAGUAAAGGAUGUGCUUUUGUGAAAUUUGAAAACCCUAGUGAUGCACAUUCUGCAAUUAGUACCCUGCAUGGUAGUCAAACAAUGCCAGGCGCUUCAUCUAGUCUAGUAGUAAAAUUUGCUGACACAGAAAAGGAACGUCAGCUAAGAAAAAUGCAACAAAUGUCUGGAAACGUGAACAUAUUGAAUCCUUUUGUUUUCAGUCAUCUAGGAGCCUAUGGCGCCUACGCACAGAUGGUUCACCAGCAUGCUCUUGCAACUGCUGUAGCACAGCAGGGAUAUAUCAAUUCUGUUUCCCCAGUCGGACCUUUGCAACUUCCACCAAUCAGUCCAGUAUCAAAUGGCAUACCAAGUCCAACCAUCACAGCUAAUGCAGGUGUGACUACUCAUCAUCCACUCACUGGAGCUUUACCAGCAUGCCCUCCAUCUGCAGUCCACAAUUUUGCCUUGGGAGAAAUACCGACUCAGCCAGAUAUUUAUGCAAAUGAUGUAGCAAAUUUGUCAAGAAGUUCUUUCUUUUUGCUGUACCCCACAGAUUACACAGAAGCAUUAGAAAAGGGUCCCGCCCUAGCAAAUGCUGAACCCUUACAAUCUGCCACAUUUUCUAGUCUCCCUUCCUUUCCUUGCAUGUCUGCAUAUCCUGCAACAUAUGGACAGUAUACUCCCACAUUGUGUCAACCACCCCCUGUUACAUCACCUGUUCAAAGAGAGGGUCCUGAGGGCUGCAAUCUCUUCAUCUACCAUUUGCCGCAGGAAUUUGGAGACAUGGAACUGAUGCAGAUCUUUGUGCCAUUUGGCAAUAUCGUCAGUGCUAAAGUAUUCAUCGAUCGAGUCACCAAUCAAAGCAAAUGUUUUGGUUUUGUGAGCUUUGAUAAUCCUCAGAGUGCCCAAGCUGCAAUCCAAGCCAUGAACGGUUUCCAAGUGGGCACCAAAAGGCUCAAAGUGCAGUUGAAACGUCCAAGGGAAUCUGGUAGACCCUACUGACAUCCAAUUUCUAAGUCUAUUGGUGCCAAAAUAGACAUCGUCUGAUGUGCUUGCUACACCUGAGAGAAAGUGCUUUUUUGCUAAGGAUAAAAAAAGGGUUUCUUAGAUGAUGAUAUCAACCUGUUCAUUAAGGGAACCUGCUCCUGAUGAGUAUUAGUGGAAAUUUUUUUUAAAAAAAAUGUGUUUUCUACUAUGUAUUUAAAAUACAGUACUUUAUCAGUCUGUAUUGUCAGGCCUAUGCUAAUCACGAACAAUUAGAGAACUGAAAAAUAUGUUGAAGCAUUAGUCAUAUCACUUGCUGGUAGCAUUUUUCAGAAAAUGUGUGCUAGCAUUUUAACGGAAUUGUAUGGACAAUUAAUUUGAAAUUUAUAUUAUUCAAGAUUUUAUUCUUAACUGUAAAUAAUUGCUUUUCUCUUAUUCCAGCCGACUUGAAUGAAUUAUUUAGAUAAUUUUUAUCAAUUUUUGUGUAUCCAAAAGUCGGUUUACAUUUACAAUGAUAAAAGAUCUUGUGAAUGUUGCAGUAGUCUUUUUCCAAAUGUUUUCAUCAUUUUUAAUAUUCAGUGUAAUCAAUGUUCUUAAAAUAAUUCAUGAGAUGUAAGAUAUUAUUUAAUGUAAAAUGCCAAAUUUUAGAAAUCAUGCUGAUGCAUUCUCGUGCAAAAAAAAUGUAGCAUUUAAGAAUAUCCUUUGUACUUGCAGUAAUUUUAUUGCAUCUAACAUAAAAUAUAAUUUCUAAGAAUGUUCUUUGCAUAAUGGCAACACUUCAGUGAAGUAAUUAUUGUCCAUUCAAAGUGAAUUGAUAUUUCAAUCCAUUUGUGCUUUUAUACUGUUUGAUAUCGAAUACGUCUGAAAAAGUUGAGAUGCUCUGUUGCAUGUGAUAGGGUGACAAACUUUUUUUGUGUUAUUUAAGUUUUGUUUCUCAUAUUUUAUAUAUUUUUUGAUUUGAGUAUUGUGUAAAAUGCUUCAAAAUAACUUAGUUUUUUAUCAUAAGAACUUAAAGUGGAAUUUAAAAAAAAAACCUUCCAUUUUUAAUGUUUACUUUUGAUUCAAAUGAGAAUUUUGCAGAUAAUUUGUCUUUGAUUUCUUAUGAUUGCAGAUAUAUAGCGUAACAAGAUGUAACAACUGGUAAGGGACUAUUGAAUAUUAUUGUUAAAAAUCGGUAUCGUUAAAUCAGAGAUACAUGCAGUUCAUCCAAUCAAAUAUGGAUCAGUAAAAUCUAUUGGUAAAUUUAGGAAAUCGCUAAAUUGAAUAUUAAAUUAAAAUUAUGCUCUACUCGAUUUGAAAUUUUAACUUAAAGUUAGAGUGUCCUUAAUGCAAGCUUAUCGUUGCAUCUCCUUUUAAAUCAUUGAUCACUAUAAUGUUAAAACUUUUCUCCAUGUAUUUUAACAGGAAAUACUUUGGCUGAGAAAUCGAUAAAAGUUUGCCUAGUUUUUUGACCAGAGAUUGAAAAAGUUUCGUUAAAUUAUAUUCUUUGUUUAAUAUGUUAAUAUUUUUGUUAAUAAUAUUUUGUUAUUUAUUUAUAUUUUGGUUUUAAUUUAUCAUACUUGUUUGAUAAGGGAGAACACGACAUGUCAAACUUCUAAUUUUGCAUGUUUUCUCAUUCAAAUGUUACUUUUCUUUCACAUCUUGUAACAUGUUUAAAAUUGUAACUUUAUAAAAGAAAGAAAUGUCUCAUAUAUGCAUUUUUAAAUAUUGAUGUGCGAGGGUAGAUCAAAUAUAAAGGAUAAUUAUUUCAUUACUGAGAAUAUCCUAUCCAUAUUUUUAUGUUCAAAAUUGAGUGAAAAAAAGGAAAACUAAAAACUUUUUUUUUUUUUUUCACAUAGAUGAUUGAAGUGGUAAAUAAAUUUUUGAGUUGAAAUAUAUAAGAAAAUAAAGACUAACAGCUCGUUACUUAUUAAGAGGUCAUCAUAUCAGUGGCAUAGAAUUAGUAAGAGAAUACUGAAAUAUUGAAAUCAAUGACAAAAUGAGAAAUAAAAUUAAGAAAACUUUUUAUGCAGGAGUACAAUAUGUAGCACAUAUCUGUAGUGUCCAUUAGUUUGACAGUAAUUACUGUAUAACCUAGCAUUAGCCGACAUGCCCAAAAAAAGCACGGUUGACCAUUUGAGGUUUAUUUUGCAACAAAACUAUAGUGAAUUUCUCCAUUCAGUUUGAAUCAGAAAUCAAACCAUUGUUACUGCAAUUCGCCCAUAAUUUUUUUAAAUAAAUUAUUUUUGGUUCCUUUCAAGAGAUAAGUUUAAUUUUUAUUUAUUGAAUAGCUAUGGUAACUUCUUUAGCACUGGCUUUAAGGCGGUAACUUACUGCUUAAAUACUUGCUUAGUUUUAAUUUAAUUUUUAUAAACAUAUUUGUUAUUGAAUAAUAUUUUUAUUGCUUUGUUAGUAUUUUAAAAACAAAAUUAAACUGUUUAGUAAUAUUAAUAGGAUAGGUAUAGAACUUAUAUAGUUAUCGCUGUGAAUAUAUAUAUAUAUAUAUUAAUUUUUUUUCUUAAUCUCGAUGUUUCCGGCAUGACGGAAAGGACCAGGCAAGUGUUGUUGAAAAUCUGGUGACCCCCGAAUUUUGCGGCAUGCCAAUUAAUGCGGGGGAAUACGGUAUGCUCUCUAAGAUCAUAUUUACUCAAACAAUUUAAGAAUACUUUUUGCUUUUUAAUUUUCUCUGCAUUUUAAAAAUCUCAUUCCUAAAAUCCACUAUAAAUAGAGAAAAACAAACUUGAAAGCAUUGUGAAGACUAUGAAGAGCUAAUCACACCAUUAUAUGAGGUGACAGGUUAGCCUUAGCUACAUAAUUUUUAAAUUCAAUAAUCUUUCAUAAAUCCCUUUUUAAUUUCUUUACUUGACCACAGUUUCCGAGGAAUUUCAUUUUCUCAGCCAAUAAAUCCUAUUUACAAUAAGUAUUUACAGAAAACAUCUUUCCAUUCAAUACCUGUUAAAGAAACAGAUUAAAGUCAUUGGUAGAGAGUAAAGCUCUAGAUUGGCGGUCGCCAGUUGCCAAUGGGCGACCAUUUCAUUAAAAAUGACUACCAAAAAAACAAGUCUUAGUCGCCAAAAGUGGCGACCAUGUGUUUCUUUAUUUGCCAAAAAUCAUAUUAUAAAUAGUGCAAUGACAGCACGCGUCCAAUCCUGAGACCUUCACUGCAUCAGUCAAGUCCAUCUUAGCGACGUAAUUCGGAGCAAACUCCCUUCAGGUUAUUUAUUUUUUGUGUUGUGUAUUUUUUUUUCAAAAACUGGCCACUUAAAGUCCAAAAUGACUACUAUUUUUUGUGACUAGUAGCCAGUGGCUACUAUUCAGAAUUCCUAGUCCAGAGCUUUAACAGAGAAAUUUCUCUAUGCUGCUGAUACAGUAUUUUUGGUUUUGAAAGUUUACCAGAGUACGCCAAAAAACAAAUAAACAAAAAAAAAAAAAAAAAACUGCUCAUAGCAAUGUUUUUCAGUGUUUUGUUGCACUUCUAACUUUGAAUUAAAAUUGAAAUUACUAAAACCAAAUCAAACAAUGAAACAGAAAAAAAAAGAGACAAAAUUUAAACAUUAAACUUUUCAUUUUAGAAAGAAAUUUCUUUUUAAUUGAUCUGUUAACAACUAAUGUUAUGACCACAUAGAGAGAAAAUCUCUGGCAAUUUUUUGAUGGAAAAGUUCAGAAUUCUAUAGUCCCUUAUGCUAUAAUCACUCUCUAUUUCAGUACUUCCCUCUGAUAUUGAAAACCUCUCUUUAUAUUGGGUACUACCAUCACAUAUUCACACAUUAGAGUAAUUAAUGUUUUCACUUCUAAUUUUAAAACCAAUGUUUAGGUCACUUAUUUUAAAGGAACAUAAUAUGCAAGGGGCCUCAUCCCCAUCCCAAAGUGCAAUGGCACCCUCUCAUUACAGAGCAACCCCCAGAACAAGACGAAGACCCCCCUUAAACACUGUUCUAAAAAAUUUAGUACCUCAGCCGCUGUAUUGAUCCCCAUUAGAGCACCCCUGCAAUAAUGCAUGAUGUAAUAGAUUUGUAGAACUUUCUUCAUUUCAUUGUGUAGCUAAUACAAUUGGAGCAUAGAAUUCAAAUGAUUAUGCUGAAUACAUUUAAUUGUUUGACUUGUUAAUAAAUGGUUGUCACCCUUGAUCUGCAGUCCACAUCAUUGAAGUAAUACAGUUCUAUUUUAAUACAAAUGUUAUGUAAUUAACUGCGGCCAUUUGAUACAACUAUGUAAAUGUGAAAAAUGCUUGCCUACUGAAUAUUGAUGCUUACGUAGGGUAGACAUUAUGAUACGAGCUUUGAAAAAUGUAUUUGUAAAGUUAUUGAGAAA